UUCUCUUUGGACAUAUCCAUAGGGCAUAGGUGUAACAAUUUUAAUUAUUGAUCGUACGAACGUAGUGGUUAAAUUCUCUUUGGUAUAACCUAAUUUUUUGGGAUCCUUUUCCUAUAUCACAGCGCUGUCAAGCUGAGAUAACAAAAUGACUAACUCCAAGGGUUAUCGCCGCGGAACUAGGGAUUUGUUUGCCCGAAGAUUCCGUACUCAUGGAACUAUCCCGCUGUCGACGUAUAUGAAAGUGUACAAAGUUGGCGAUAUUGUUGAUAUCAGGGGAAAUGGUGCAGUUCAAAAGGGUAUGCCACACAAAGUAUACCACGGAAAAACUGGCCGUGUAUAUAAUGUAACUGCCCAUGCUCUUGGUGUUAUUGUAAACAAGAGGGUUCGUGGAAGAAUCAUUCCUAAGAGAAUUAACAUCAGAAUUGAACAUGUAAAGCACUCCAAAUGCAGGGAGGACUUUCUUAAGCGUGUUAAGGAAAAUGAGAGGUUAUUGAAAGAUGCCAAGGCAGCCAACAAGACUGUCAAUCUCAAAAGACAACCAAAACCCCCAAGAGCUGCCUGUAUUGUUAAUGGAGCUGAGAAACCAAUGCUUCUUGCUCCAAUCCCGUACGAGUUCGUAGCUUAAAAGAAUAAACUAUUUAUAAGUAA